CUAUGAUGUGAUGACAGUCGUACGUCGUAUCCUAAAAUGUAAAUACCUAAAAAACAUAUUGAUCUUUUAUGAAAAACUACGUGAAAUACAGUUGUGCAUAUCAUAAUCUUUAUUGUGAAUUUCAAUAGUUGUCUACGUCGUAGCUACGGUGAUAGCUACAGCGUUACAGUCCCCCGUGACAAUCGUAGCGUGACGCCCGUGUAGCACGCUAACUGAAACUCAAUAUUACAAAAUUUUUCAAACGUCACUCGCUUGAUAAAGCUCGAAUGUAAAUUUUAUGAAUAGAAAAUGUUGAUUUCGCGAAAUAAUAAGUUAUUUUAUUGUAUAACAAGUUAGAGUGAUUACUUUUAAUAUCGACGGUGCAAUGAGCGACAGGGGCGCCAGACGCGGCGCCGGCGCACCAUUCUACGCACCACCACGCCGCAAGACCUCUGCUGAAAUUAUUAGUGAAGCUCGAGCAGCUUUAUACGGAGAAAUGAGCGGCAGCGGCAGCGGAUCGGGCGGCGCGCUUCGUCCGCUGCGCACGCGGCGACCGUUCACGCCGCGCGAGCCGCAGCGAACGCUGUUUACGGAGCGAGCACGCAACACGGACCCCAGGCCACCGAGCGCUUUCGACUUGAAGUACCUGAGCUUGUCGGAAAGCACGGAAGAGAUUACGACUGCAAUGCUCGGAGCGCGCAUGUCCAGUCUUGAUGAGGAGAAACUGAACAGUAUCCUCAUGAUGGAACCACAGAACAACGCGAGGAAGAAAACCAAUUCUAGGAAUUCGCAACCAAAACUAAUCCAAGACCGUUCCGGUGACGGCUGGAGCGGUUUCGCCAAGUUACCGCAUUUGAGUGGGCGAAGUAAGCCAUUGCAUCGGAGGAACACCACGGGACAAGGAACUGACGAAUUGAAGAUUGGGUCAGACCUUGCGCAGGCGAUAUCAGUGAGUCGGCCUCUCGGCGGAACGGAUGGAGAUGAUGUUUUUGGUGAUCACAUCAUCGACGACAAUCCGAGAAAAUCUCUCAGUCCUGACACUAACACGAAGAAGAAAAGCUUUGCGCUCAACAAAUCGAUGUCAUACGACUCUGGACACAAAAACGUAUCAGGAGACCUGGCUGUUAAGCAUUUGGCUGUCCAGAUACCGAACACUUCUUCAAAAGAUUUUGAUAGCACAAGCAUCCUCGAAUUAUCGGAGGUGCUGUCAGAACGGAAACAACCCGUAGAACGGACUGUACUCCUCCUAGAAGCUCUGCAGAAGGUCCUGGAGAAGUCCACGCCAGCCAGCAGCCUCAGAGAUCUGGUGCUGAGGUCCUUGUACGCGCACAUCGAUUGCGACGAUGAAAGAGUCCUUGUGGCGAUCGCAAGAGCAAUGCUUACGAUGCGUGUCACUGGGACACAUUUGGCAGCGGCUUGUAAGCUAGUCUUCAAAAUUGCAAGAAACGAUAAGAACGACCACUUUUUCAAGAACACCAACUUACUCGACUUGUUGGUGGAAGGGUGUGGUCGAGCAGACCCGCUGGCUGAAGGCGAGUGCUGCGUGUACGGGGCGGGUGCGCUCAGGUUCCUAGCGCUCGAGCCCAGUCUGUGUGCACUCGCGCAUAAAGCCGGCGCCCUUCACCUUGCGGCACUCCACCUCAAGAUACUUAACAACGCUAAAGCAGAGAAUCCCCGCGCUGUUACCGACCAGUCUACGCACGCUUUGUACCAAUUGACGGGGGCUCUUCGGAACCUCGCUGGGGAGGAGAAGGAGGCCCCGACGUUUGUCGUGAGCGGGGCUUUGAGCGAACUGGUCUCUGCGCUACUGCAUCACACUGACAGGGAUGUGCUUACAAACGUCGCACGGUGUCUUAGCGUGCUAUCAGCCGAGGAAACGUGUUGCGCGUGGUUAUGCGCGUCUCCCGUGAGUGCGCAUUCGUUAUUGCGCGCGCUGGCGGCGUGCGCGGCCAGGGCGCCUUUAGCAGUACGCCUCACGUAUACUCUUGGCAAUAUGGCCGCCGCCGACGAGCAGGCCAGGAUAAAUAUAUAUAGUGAAGACGGCGGUGUGGACGUGUUACUGACCAUACUGGAACUGUAUACGAAGAGAAAUGAUGAGGCCAACGCUGAAACUGAUCCUGACCUGCAUUUGAUCGGUACCGAUUUGGGUGGUUCCGAUGGCUCCAACGAAGACGUGCUAAUAAAGACUGUGCGUGUAGUAGCAAACUUGUGCCUUUGCGAGCGCGCGGGAAGAGGGCUGGCACGGGAGCACGUGGAGCGCGCCGUCCAAGCAUUGCUGGCGUGCCUACAACUAGCCACUGAUGAUGUUCAAUUAACUGAACCAACCGAUGAGCAGUCAAGUUUCGUGGAAAGGCGCGAGGAGCUGGCGACCGCGGCGCUGGCGACGCUCAACAACAUUACCUUCUACCGGGAACCGCCCGACCCGCCUGAUCCGUUGCACCAGCUACUCGACCAACUUUGUAAAGCGACAUGCCGUCAGCUGCGCGGGUCGGGCCCGGCGGCAUGCGAGGCGGUGCGCGCGCUCGGCAACCUAUCACGCGGUGCGCGCUCCGCUCAGUUCAUCGUGCUGGAGGGCGCAUUAGAUGCGCUCGUGCCCUUCCUGGAACACGAGGACGAAACCGUCCGUUGUGCGGCCGCGGGCGUGCUUGUAAACGUGUGCGGCGCGGGCAGCCAAUGCGGUGCGGCUGCCACGCUGGCGGCGCGAGCGCUGGCGGCCGCCGCGCGUUCCGCGGACGCUCCCUCCGCUGCGCUGUUGGCUCGCGCGCUAUGGAACGCGCAUGCGCAUGCGCCGCUACCGCCAACUUGCGCGCACCAAGCGGCCGCCGCGUUGUCAGCCUUCAUCGACGAUGAAUCCGUUUUCGCGGCGUGCGAGGCUCUCCGCAUGGGCGACCGCCGUGCCAGCGACCCCGCCCUCUUCAAACACAACGUACACUUUGACAUACACCACCACAAUAAUAACAACAAUCAUCCCGGAGACAAAAGACAACUGAAACACUUUAUAAGAGCGAACAGUGUGGACCGGGAAUUGAACAUAGAGCAUUCCGAUGAAGAGACGGACGAUGCUGGGCAUUCAGGUGAAGACUUGGGCUUCGAGGAGGGGGAAGGGGAGGAGGAAUGUGACUGCGGACCUUGCACCAGGCUCGCUGCAUGGGAGGAACUGGUUGGAGUAGCUAUACCACUAUUGGAGAAACUGCGGCCUCCAAGAGCGGAUGCGUCUGUAGGCACUGACUAAAGAUUAACCUAUCAAAUACGUAUACCGCUUUUGGCGGAGCUAGAUAGCAUUGGUCUACGGGCUUCGCUUGUAAUUUCUCGACGUCUCCAAACCUCUCUACUUCCCUACUUGAGAAGCUGAGCCUUCGAAAGCAGAGACCUGUUAGCUCAAACAAAAAAAAUAAUAAUCAAACGACUAAAGGUGCUGAAUCAUCAGGUUUCAACGAGGCUCGAUCAUGCACCAGGCUCGCAGCAUGGCAGGAACUCGUCGGUCGGUGUCGCUAUACCACUGCUGGAGAAACUUCUCUGUGGCGGUGGUGGUAACUUGGUAGGGAGCUGUAAUCUGCGGGCUAUGCUUGUAAUUUAUCGGAGUCUUAAUACCUCUAGCUCUCUACUUAAGAAACGCGCCAUCAGAGAGCGGACGCCCCUGUGGGCACAAACAAGAAAUUAUCAAUUCAAACAAUUUCAAAUGCAUGAAUAUGAAGAUCUGAGCUUCGUGGAGGGAAUGAGGAUGUGGAUGUGGUCUUUGAGAGCUAAUAUCUUUGUUGGGCACAAACACGAAGUAUUUCGUGUUUGUGUCAAAAAAAGAAGGAGAGAAAAUAGGAUGGUGGAAAUGAGUCUAGUCGACUUUCUGAUUGAUCUCGUUGCUAUCAUUUUAUAAUUAUAUUAGUCAAUUUGAAAAUAGGUUACUUUGUAUCAAGAAAAAUAUAUCAAACGUUUAUAAUACCUAUAAAACAAAUGACUGAGAAUUCUUGUCUCUGUUCAGAUGAAAUUUAUGGUGAAAUCAGGUAAUUAAGUCCAUAAGUAUGUAGUCUGUAAAUAAAUGUUGCUGCUGAAUUGUGAUUGUGUCGCUUAAUACAUAUUAAUUAUAACUUAUUAUGUUUACGUGAAAUUGUAUAAUUAUGUUUCGUUCAGUAUCAUUGCGACUAUGGAACACUAUAUUAAUAUAACAUUUCGUAUUUACUAUAAAACUUUUAUUAAAAAAAAUGC